CCCGGGGGGAGGCAGAGGGCGCUUGGCUGGGCCAGGGGGAAGGAAGGAGCAGGGUUUGCCCGGGUUUGGGAGCGCCGAAGCAGCAUGGCUUUUGGGAGAAGCCAGAAAGAUCCCUUCAGCACAGCCGUGGGGCACCUGAUAGAGAGAGCAACGGUUGGUGCGCUGCCCGCUGAGGAGUGGGGUCAGUUUAUGCACAUCUGUGACAUUAUUAACACAACGGAUGAGGGGCCUAAAGAUGCAGUAAAAGCACUAAAGAAAAGGAUUUCCAAAAACUGUAACCAUAAGGAGAUUAGAUUCACCUUGUCUCUUCUCGACAUGUGCAUGAAAAACUGUGGCCCCAGCUUCCAGUCUUUAGUUGUGAAGAAAGACUUCUGCAAGGACAAGCUGGUGAAAUUGCUGCAUCCGAGAUACAAUCUGCCAGCUGAUACACAGGACACAAUCUUGGCCUUUAUCAGGACCUGGGCCUACGGGUUCCAAGGAACCGUGGAUGUGAGUGAAGUGAAGGAAGUGUACCUGGAACUGCUAAAGAAAGGAGUGCAGUUUCCAUCCUCUGAUGCCACCCCAGGGACACACAAGCAGCGAGCUUCGUCUUGGCCCUCUGAAAAACCACCGCCUCCUUCUGCUGUCUCUGUGAAAAGUACUCCGGUGCCUCGUCCUCCAGCUCCAACAAUAACAUUGACUUCUGAACAGAUUGGGAAGCUGUACAGCGAAUUGGACAUGGCGAAAAUGAAUGCGAAAGUCAUGUCAGCGAUAUUAACGGAAAAUGUUCCUGGCUCUGAGAAGCUUGACGAUAUGGAGCUCUUACAGAAACUGUACAAGAUAUGUCGGGUGAUGCAGGAGAGGAUCGUGGAACUGCUGGUGGCAGUGGAGAAUGAAGAUGUGAUAGCUGAAUUAAUACAAGUGAAUGAAGAUCUGAAUAACGUCCUCCUGGGCCAUGAAAGGUUUUCUCGGAACAGAGUGCGUUUCUUGGAGAAUCAGCGAAUCCAGCGUGAGCAAGCAGAGAUCUAUAGCAAACAACCAUCUGCUCCAUCAUGUGAUCUACUUGACGUCAAUUCAAGUUCUUCAAUUCCUGUGUCAGCAUUGGGGGGAACUGGCCCUGAGACUCCUCAGUUUUCAGAAUUAAAUUGCAGAUCUACAAGUGCUGCAGAUCCAAGCAUCCACCAUCCUUUGCUCUACCCUCAGCUAGAUUUACUAGCUAUAGAAAACGCUCAACAGCCCUCGUUUGCAACUGAAGCACAAAGCACAAGCCAAAGCAUCCCUGAAGGUCAUAUCUAUAACAAGCUUGCCACGCUUUUAAACCCAGUGCCUUUGCAGACUGUAAACCUCCAAACUGUUAAUGCCUCAUCACUGAAUGAGACAACACCAGGUGCAUCACCAGCAGACGUAUCAAAGAGCAGUUCACAGACACCUCAUUAUUAUGAGAUAAUGGAAUUUGAUCCUUUAGCGCCAAGCUACAGCACAGAAGCUAUUUAUGAAGAAAUUGAUGAUUAUAUCUCCAAAUCAGAAGUUAAAAAACAUACAGAUUGCUAAGAGUGGAAGGUGAACUCUCUUAAUGAACACAAAAGUUCUCUGAUGCCAGCACUAGACUGCUUUCUAUAACUGACAAGUGAAUACAAGGAAAACUCUUGUUUGCUAUUUUGAACAUAGCAACAAAUAAGCAUUGGGGUCUUGUGUUAUCCACUUCCAUGUGUUAUGUUUGGAUCUAUUUUCAAUUCUGAUCAUUGACACUUUAUAUAAGCGAAGUAAGGCCCCAAGUCUGCACACACUUAUUUUUCAAGGGGACUAUUAUUGUAUGUGUUUGCAGGAUUGGGGCCUGAAACAAAACUGUCUACAGAAUAAUGCACUCUGCUGCUAACUGAAGCAGAACACAAGCAGUCUUCAAUUACAGAGGAAAUCUUUGCUUCAAGAUUAACUAACAUGCUGAACUGCUUUAUUUUUUUGUAGCAAACAAAAUUAAACAACUAUUCAUCUACAGGAACUGCAUAACUCAAUCUGUUUUUCAGCAUUAGUGCUCUUAGUUGGGCAACUAAUGUGAGUGACACCAUCCAAAAACCUAGGAGGAGUUCUGUAUCUAGGAGCCUCCUAUGUUAGAUUUAUCGACUGUUGUGUGAAUAUACUCACUAUGGAACCCUUUUGCCUUUAUAUUUUGAAUGCAGAUGUUACUUCAUUCUAAAACCUGAUUCAAGUGUCUAUUGUAAAACAAAGGAGAAAAAAACACACCUACAUUUUACACACGCUUUCGUUCAACGUACAAAUUAAUGGGUUUUGCCUUAAUAAGGACCCACUCUGAGUUGGAGCCUGAGCGCUUCCUUCUGGGCUUGUCAGAAUAGGAAGUUGUUUUUUGUUUUGUUUUUUAAACCUCUCUGCUUACUUGUAUCACACCACAUCCUCACUUUUAAUUUUAAUGUGCCUCUUUAAAAACUGGAUAUGAACCAAUCAACACUUUCCUAAGUGUUGUUUUUAUUUUUCAGAGUUUUUAAUCCUAUAAGGAAAAAAAAUAUCUGUAGUGAUGGAAGAAGAGCAAUAUGGAAAAGUUAUUUGGUUAUCAAAUUAUUUUAAGUAAGUACCUUAGCAUUAAAAAGUGCUACUUUUAUUAGCAGGGUUAAAGUGCCUUCCAUAUUUAUGUUGAAUGUAAAAUUUGCACUUUCAUGAAAGACAUAAUAGUGCUCUGAAUUGAAAGUUGUGAUAUAAAACUUAAAUAGGUUUUUGUGGCUGGCAAGUCAGAUUACGAUUUUUUGAAUCUGUGUGUUUAAAGUUAAAUUUUAUUAUUUUAACUUCAAAAAUGUAAGCAAUAUUAAAUUAUAUUAAGUUCUCCAA